AUGUAUCCCAAGAACCCGAGGGAAAUGUUCUACGGCGAUCUCGACGAUGAGGCUGCCUCAAAGUACCUCGCUGAAAUAGUGCCUCAUGCGCCAGAAGCUAUGCACACUCCGCUGACAUACGCUGCUUACCACGUCGUACCGACCAGCUACAUCUUGUGUGCUCGCGACAUGGGCUUCCCGCUCUUCGCGCAGCAAAAGAUCGCCGGAAUUCCCGGCGAAGGGGUGGUGCGGACAUACACGGUCGACGGCGGGCAUUUCGCCAUGCUCAGCCAGCCGCAAGCCGUGGCGGACGCGAUCCAGGAGGCUGCGACGAGACUAGACAAGAUCUGA